AGUGACUUAGUUUUUUUUUUUUAAAGUUUCAGUAAGAAAAAAGUUUUGAAACUCCUCCAGAGCUUGGGCGGCCUCCCCUCAGUAGUUAUAUUUUGUCCUGCCUUGGGAAGAUAAAAGAAAAAUAUAUCCUUGGUUACUCGAGGAGGUGUGAUUCUGAAGGGAGAUUUAGUCGAGCAGGAUGAAUGCAUUGGCAGCAACCAGCAGGAACUUCAAGCAGGCAGCUAAGCUGCUGGCCCUCGACUCCAAGCUGGAGAAAAGCUUGCUCAUCCCAUUCCGGGAGAUCAAGGUUGAAUGCACAAUCCCAAAAGAUGAUGGGACUUUAGCAUCCUACGUUGGUUUUAGGGUUCAACAUGACAAUGCUAGGGGACCUAUGAAGGGUGGAAUCAGAUACCACCAUGAGGUUGAUCCUGAUGAGGUCAAUGCCUUGGCACAACUAAUGACAUGGAAAACAGCUGUGGCCAACAUACCUUACGGAGGAGCUAAAGGUGGAAUAGGAUGCAGUCCUGGAGAACUGAGCAUCUCAGAGCUUGAGCGGCUUACCCGAGUUUUUACUCAGAAAAUCCAUGACUUGAUUGGCAUCCAUACUGAUGUUCCAGCUCCAGAUAUGGGUACCAACUCCCAGACAAUGGCAUGGAUACUUGAUGAGUACUCAAAGUUCCAUGGUUACUCACCUGCUGUGGUGACAGGAAAGCCUGUUGACCUUGGAGGCUCAUUGGGAAGAGAUGCAGCUACCGGAAGGGGAGUUCUGUUUGCUACUGAAGCUUUGCUUGCAGAGCAUGGUAAAGGCAUUGCAGGUCAGCGUUUCGUUAUACAGGGAUUCGGUAAUGUUGGUUCCUGGGCAGCUCAACUGAUCACUGAAGCUGGUGGCAAGGUGAUUGCUAUCAGUGAUGUCACAGGCGCUGUCAAGAACGUCAACGGCCUUGACAUCGCCCAGCUAGUGAAGCACUCGGCACAGAACAGAGGGAUCAAGGGCUUCAAUGGAGGAGAUGCGAUCGAUCCGAACUCACUGCUCACAGAAGAGUGUGAUGUCCUCGUCCCGGCAGCACUCGGGGGAGUCAUAAACAGGGAUAAUGCUAACGAUAUUAAAGCAAAGUACAUCAUCGAGGCUGCCAAUCACCCCACAGACCCUGAAGCAGAUGAGAUCCUGUCGAAGAAAGGCGUUCUCAUCCUGCCCGACAUACUCGCCAACUCUGGUGGUGUCACGGUGAGCUACUUCGAGUGGGUUCAGAACAUCCAGGGGUUCAUGUGGGACGAGGAGAAGGUGAACGCGGAGCUCCGGACAUACAUGACGCGCGCCUUCGCGGACGUGAAGCAGAUGUGCCGGAGCCACAACUGCGACCUCCGCAUGGGCGCUUUCACCCUCGGCGUCAACCGCGUCGCCCGAGCCACCGUCCUCAGGGGAUGGGAAGCCUGAUCAAGAUCACAUCUUCAUACCAUGCUCUGUGUCUUUGUGUCAGUGUCCUCUCGCGCGUUUUUCUUGAGCCUAAUUUUUCUUUUGGUUACUGAUCAACGGGAGGUUUGAGGAAAACAAGUUCAGCUAAUAAUUUCAUGACGUGUGUAUCUCUUUCUAGAGAUCAGUUGAGGGAACAAACAGAAGUAAUAAAUCUGUAAUUCCUAGAUGAGAUGCUUGUUGGUUUGCAAGCUGCAAUGCCAUAUAGUUUCUUUUGCAA